CCUGUGCUGGCUUACAAUGCUGGAAGAGCCUCAGGAGCUCCAAAUAUUUACCAUUUUUUAUAUUUCCCUUUUUUAAACAGGCACUACUUUGCACUGCCCACGAACCCCGGCGAGCAGUUCUUCGUGUUCUGCACGCUUGCCGCUUGGCUGAUCGCUAAGGCGGGGCGUCCCUUCGAACGGCCCCAGGAGUCUGAUGACCCCAACGCAGUAAUAUCGAACGUGCUCUCGGAGCUGCGGUCCUUUGGAAGGCCUGUGGAUUUUCCUCCCUCAAAAUUAAAGGCAGGUUAUGGAGAGCAAGCAUGCUAUGUUCUUGAUUGUUUAGCUGAAGAAGCCUUGAAAUACACUGGCUUUACCUGGAAAAGGCCAGUGUAUCCAAAAGAAGAGCUAGAAGAAGAAGAAAUAACAGAAGAGGAUGCAGAAUUAACGCUUAACAAACUGGAAGAGGAUGUUGUGGAAGAAGAGUCAGACAGUGAAGAAAAUUUUAUUGACCUGAAUGUUCUCAAGGCACAAACACACAGAUCGGACGUGAAUGACUCUGCAAAGCAAGAAGAGAUUUUACAGUCCACGACAGAUGCAGCAGAGUGGAAUCUGGAAGUGGAACGGGUGCUUCCACAGCUGAAAGUUACAGUCAGGACUGACAACAAGGACUGGAGGAUCCAUGUAGAUCAAAUGCAUCAACAUCAAGAUGGAAUUGAAUCUUCUUUGAAAGAAACUAAGGGUUACCUUGACAAACUCCAUAAUGAAAUCAGCAGAACGCUGGAAAAGAUCAACAGCAGGGAAAGGUACAUCAACAAUCAGUUGGAGCACUUGGUUCAAGAGUACCGUUCAGCCCAGGCCUUGCUGAGUGAGGCUAAAGAGAAGUACCAGGAGGGAAGUGGGGGAGUAGUUGAGAGGACUAGAGUGCUUUCUGAGAUUUCUGAGAGUGUGGAUUCUGCAGAAUUAGAGCUGCUUUCUGUUUCACUGUCAAGGAA